AUGGGCAAGAUCACAUUCUUCGAGGAGAAAAACUUCCAAGGCCGUUGCUAUGAGACCAGCGGCGACUGCGCAGACCUGCUCUCUUUCUUCAGGCGCUGUAACUCUAUCCGGGUGGAGAGCGGCUGCUGGGUGCUGUAUGAGAAACCCAACUACAAGGGCUAUCAGUACAUCCUGAGUCCGGGGGACUACGCUGACCACCAGCAGUGGAUGGGCUUCAGCGACAGCAUCGGAUCCUGCCGCUCCAUCAAAAACGUCUAUGGUAACACAUGGAGGCUGAGGCUGUACGAAAAGCCAGAUUUCGGAGGUCAGACGGUCGAGUGCACUGAGGAUUGCCCUUCCGUCCACGAGGCCUUCAAGUUACGGGAGGUCUACUCCUGUGUGGUGCUGCAAGGCGCCUGGGUCUUCUAUGAGCUGCCUGGCUACAGAGGCCGCCAGUACUUUGUGGAGCGCGGGGACUACAGGAAGUACAGCGACUGGGCCGCGCCCAACCCAGUGCUGGGCUCCUUCCGCAGAAUCACUGAGCUUUAGAACUCAGUAUGAAACAUGGGCUUCAGCCACACAACCAGAGCAAUAAAGCAAAAGCUCAAACAUGA